AUGAUUGGGCGGGAGAGGAAAGCGUCAGGGACCGACCGUAUUAGCAGUUCGGUGGAGGGUGAUGGGAGGACGGAAGGUGAGGGAGAAGAGGGGGAAGGGGAAGAGGAGGAAGAGGAGGAGGAAGAGGAAGUAGAGGGAGAGGAUGGAGAAGAGGAGAAAGAGGAGGAGGAAGAGGAAGCAGGUCAAGAGGAUGAUUCAAGUGACCAUGGGGAGAAAGAGGAGGAGGGAGCAGGGGAAGAGGACCAUAGGGCUGAUGGCCUGGGAUUGGGAUCAAAACGGGAGGAGGGCGCGCAGGAGUGGGAGAGAGGCGGUGUGAGCAAAGGGAGGGGCCGAGGCUGGGAACGGGGAGGCGGGAGGGGAGGAGAGAGAGGGGUGGCGGGUGGAAAUGCGAGGGGUGCUGAGGUUGGGAGAGGAGGAGAGGGUGUGAGGCAAAGGCCGUUGAAUCGGUUGGAGAGGAUAUGGAAGAAGCGAGAGGAGGAGGCUGCAAGGCAGGCAGCGGUGAGGGAGGCGAAGAGGAGGGAGAUUGAGGAGGGGAUGAGGAAGAGGGAGGAGGUGGAGAGGAGGAGGAGGGAGUUGAGAGGGCAGAUGAGGAAGAGGACGAAGAGCGGGCAGGUGGUUAUGAAAGUGAGGAUGGAGCAUCUGCUGGAGUCUAUUCAACGCAGCCAGGGGAAAUAG